AUGUCUCGCAUGCUUACCCGACUCGGGUUUACUCAUGGUCUUUAUCAUCCCUACACUGGAACCGUCCUCUGCCGCAUCUAUAGUGACCGAGUAUGCCUGCAAGACGCUACUGCACUCUGAUGCUUUGAGUGGAACGUUGGUGUCGCGGGUUUUGGUGCUUGAUGCUAGUAGCCCACACUGGCAUAUACAGCAUGUGAGGUGCUUCUACCGUGUCAAGCAUCUACCAGCUCUUCUGGUACUUGACAAGGAAGGGAACACCGUACUGGAGGCGUGUGGAGAGAGCGAUAUCCUACAGAUUGAGUCGUUACGGGCAAUACAGGAGGAAUAUAAUAACCUUCGAUUGUCACAGAAUACACAACUCGAGGAGAAAGCCGAUUCUUAUCAAGAAGCUUGGAAAUGGGUAAACUCUCAGGGGUUUAAUCUUCUCUGCUUCGAUGUUGAUGGGACCAUAACUACAUCAAAUAUUAAUACUACAUUGGCCGUUGGCGUGACGGAAUUCAUCUCUAAUAUACGUCCUGGAACACGAGUGGCACUUGUCACCAAUCAAGGUGGUGUGGGUCUGCGGUACUGGAUGGAAUCAGGGCAUUUCGGUAAACCAGGCAAUCUUCCUGAUGAAGCGAAGGUUCAGACAAGGUUAUCGAAGAUAAGGGAUCAACUCCUUGAAAUUAACCCUAGUUUGGCCAUCAGGAUCUUCGUUGCGUAUAGAUAUCAGAGUAAAGCGGACCCGAGUAGCGGUAAAUCUGCUAACUGGGGUCCUUGUCCAGUAGAAUCAGCACGAGAUGAGAGAUGGAGUAAAGAAUGGAGGAAGCCGAAUCCAGGGAUGCUGCAGGCUGCCAUGCAAUGGGCCGGUGCUUCUCGGCUGGGUACCUUGAUGGUUGGGGACAUGCAAUCCGAUAAGGACGCUGCCGAAGGUGCUGGUGUAAUCUUCCGCUGGGCUCCUGAGUUCUUCAUAAAGGGUAUCGAGCUCCCGCAAAUUGCUGAUGUGGGAACUAUAGUCGAUGAGAAGUUCUCAUCGGCAAGCCUCUGA